UGCAGCCAAGGCGAGCUCGCACUCCAGCUUGGUGAUCAGUGUGGUUCAGACGCUCCGAUCCUUUCAUUCUGUUUGUUUUUUGGUCUGUACGGACAGCCACUAACACUAAGCAGCCAUGGAUGCCAUCAAGAAGAAGAUGCAGAUGCUCAAGCUCGACAAGGAGAACGCCUUGGACAGAGCUGAGCAGGCCGAGUCAGACAAGAAGGCAGCUGAGGACAGGAGCAAACAGCUUGAGGAUGACCUGGUAGCACUGCAGAAGAAGCUGAAGGCAACUGAGGAUGAGUUGGACAAAUACUCUGAAGCCCUGAAGGAUGCCCAGGAGAAACUCGAGCUCGCUGAGAAGAAAGCCACAGACGCUGAGGGUGAUGUAGCUUCCCUGAACAGACGUAUCCAGCUGGUUGAGGAGGAGUUGGACCGUGCUCAGGAGCGUCUGGCCACAGCUCUGACCAAGCUGGAGGAGGCUGAGAAGGCUGCUGAUGAGAGUGAGAGAGGCAUGAAGGUCAUUGAGAACAGAGCGAUGAAGGAUGAGGAGAAGAUGGAGCUGCAGGAGAUCCAGCUGAAAGAGGCCAAACACAUUGCAGAGGAGGCUGACCGCAAAUACGAGGAGGUGGCCCGUAAGCUGGUCAUCAUUGAGAGUGACUUGGAACGUACAGAGGAACGCGCUGAGCUGUCUGAGAGCAAAUGCUCCGAGCUGGAGGAGGAGCUGAAAACUGUACAGAACAACCUGAAGUCUCUGGAGGCUCAGGCAGAAAAGUACUCACAGAAGGAGGACAAGUACGAGGAGGAGAUCAAGGUUCUCACAGACAAGCUGAAGGAGGCUGAGACUCGUGCUGAGUUUGCUGAGAGAUCAGUCGCCAAGCUGGAGAAGACCAUUGAUGACCUUGAGGAUAAACUGACUCGUGCUAAAGAGGAAGGCCUGAACAUAAAGCAGACGCUGGAUCAGACUCUAAUGGAGAUGGUUAACAUUUGACCUGGCUCUCUCUCCCCUCCCCACAUUACCUUCUUUGCUCUGUAAUGGCUGCCUCUCAUAUAAGGCAGCUGAAGUGAUGUUGGGGCAUGUGUUCCUGUGACCUUUGACCUUGUCAUCCUGAGGAAACAAGCUGAAAAAGGUAGUGCCAACUGCUUUGGUGAGGUUCAGUUAAACUACACGUCUGUUACACACUGUUACAACUUCCGAUAUAGAUUGUUGAACAUUUUUCACUGGUUUGCAUGUACUGUCUAUGUUGGGAGAAUUUGCACUUUUUUUGAGGGGGGAGCACAUCAUUGUUCAUGAAGCCAUAAGAUAAGCCAAGGUGAAACAUAAGGGACUUUUAUUAUAUACUUUUGUAAAGUUGCUUGAAUGUCUUUGCUGUUUCUGCAUUGUAACCAUUUAUUCUUUGUCAGUGUUGUUGUAAACUUUCAGUUGAACAGAGGGAGUUCUUGAAUUUGCUUGAAUGUGCUGUUUUGUUCAGCCAAAUGUUUGUGCACUGUUCUCACUACCCUGUUUAUUUUGAAAACCGAUUUCUUGUUUGUUUUUUUGAGUCUCCAAUUUUAUCUUGGAAAUGUAAAGAUCAUGAAUAAACAGAUGGAUCAAGUGUAA